CAUCUGUCAAUGAAUUCAUUACAAGCAAUUUCUCCUAUCGAUGGGCGUUAUCGUCGUCAAGUAGAGGCUCUCUCAGGCUUUUUCUCGGAAGAAGCUCUUAUUCGCUACCGUGUCCGUAUCGAAAUUCUUUAUUUUAUCGCUUUAAGUCGUGAGAUACCUCAGCUUAAAGGUUUAGAAGAACGUGUAAACCUUGAUGACUUACACAAGAUUUACCUCGAACUAACUAGUGAAGAUGCUCAGCGUAUCAAAGAUAUUGAGAGCAUCACGAACCACGAUGUCAAGGCUGUGGAAUAUUUCAUUAAAGAGCGAUUUGAUGAAUUAGGUUUAGAGGCAGAGAAAGAAUUUGUACACUUCGGUCUAACUUCUCAGGACAUCAAUAAUACUUCUUUCCCUCUAAUGCUUAAAGAGUCUGUCUUUAAGGUUUACCUACCUCUCUUGGAAGAGGUGCUAGAACUAUUAAAGAAAUAUGCUCAGGAGUGGGCAGAUGUUCCAAUGCUUGCUCGUACACACGGUCAAGCUGCUUCGCCUACACGUCUAGGUAAGGAGAUGAUGGUUUUUGUUUAUCGCUUGCAAGAGCAAAUCAAUCAACUAGUGAAAGUACCACAUACGGCUAAGUUUGGAGGAGCAACAGGUAACUUAAAUGCUCAUAGAGUAGCCUAUCCAUCGCACGAUUGGUUGAGCUUUGCGAAUAGUUUUGUCGCUCUAGACCUAGGCUUACAACGUGAAGCUUACACGACUCAGAUUGCGAAUUAUGAUUAUACGGCAGCUCUCUUCGAUGCGAUGGAGCGUAUCAAUGUAAUCUUCAUUGACCUUGCUCGUGAUAUCUGGACUUAUGUGUCUAUGGAUUACUUCAAGCAAAAGAUUAAGGAGGGCGAAGUUGGUUCUUCGGCAAUGCCUCAUAAGGUUAAUCCGAUUGACUUUGAGAAUGCAGAGGGUAAUCUAGGACUAGCUAAUGCACUCUUUGGCUUCCUUGCCCGUAAAUUACCUAUUUCUCGCUUGCAACGAGACCUUACAGACUCUACUGUUCUACGUAAUAUCGGUGUUCCUCUUGGGCAUACUUUGAUUGCUCUUAAUAGCUUGAAGAAGGGCUUAAACAAGCUCCUUAUCAAUAAAGAUAAGAUUGCUCUAGACCUAGAGAACAACUGGCCUGUGGUAGCUGAAGCUUUGCAAACAAUCCUUCGUCGUGAGGGUUAUCCAAAGCCUUAUGAGGCUUUGAAAACUUUGACACGUACGAACGAGAAGAUUACAGGCGAAACGAUUGCUAACUUCAUUGAUACGCUUAAUGUCUCUGAAGAGAUUAAGAAGGAGAUGAAGCAAAUCACGCCAUCUAAUUAUCUUGGUUACUAA